GCGGCAGUCGUCAUUGCUCACACCGUAGAGGAAUUUCGAAGCAGCAGGCGAGCCGCUGACCCGACGUCAAAUCUAACUUUCUCGGUUUAGCCCUCCGUGCGGUGUCAUUGUUCUCUUCGACAACUCUCACUCGAACCCAUUCAGCAACUCAUCAUGAACGCUGAUUUCAUGAAGAAAGUGCCGAGGGAAGCUCUUCCCAACGCGGAGGAGAUGAACGCUACCGACAGCGUCCCGUGGUACCUCAGAUACGGAGCCCGUGUCCUCGCUACGAUCGGAGGAGUUCUGAGUAUCGUCCUCGGGAUUCUCGGAUGUUUCGUGAGCAUCCUCGUACUCUACGGAAAAUCUGUUCUAGCCGGAGGCCUCGAAGCCGGCGGAGGCUGCAUCGUUCUCCUCAUCGAAGCUCCUUUCCUCUUCGCUUACGUUGCCUUCUCUCAGAAGCCCAGGGAGUGGCUCGAGAAGCAGAACAACACGCCUUUUUUCAAAGCCAUACUCCUGAUCACCAUCGGCCUCGUCCCUCUUCUGAUUAGCACCAAUCUCAAUACUAUCUUCGGGUCCGGACUGGUCCUCAUGGCUGGUGUCUUUUAUGCUGUCAUCGGCUUCGGCCGUAAAGCUCCUCGAGAGCAAAUGGCGGCUGCCGCCACGGGCCAGUCACCGUCGGCGAUGGAACAGGGUCGCCCCCCUGUAUACUGAGCUUAUUGACGUAAGUCAAUAUAUCCUGAGUGAGUCAUAUCACUGUUGGAAAAAUCGGAUGAAAUCAUCGAAGAGCGCUCAUAUGAGACAAUUAUGAACACAGGAGGCGAAGAACGCAGAAGAUGCAAUCAAACUUCUCUCGCUCUCCUUCUCAUCACCGGAGAAGCAUUCAUUCAGCGACGGCUCGUCCCGGGAUGCGAGGAAUCGAUCUGCGGUCAGGACAGGAUCCGAAUCUAUCGGGAAUCGGAGUCGAUGGAUUGAGGAUGGAUAUGACAAACUAGGCACUCUUUAAGAUAAAUCGUUUUCGGAAGGGCUUCGUCACAGGCGCAUCGCAAUUCAGUGAUUGAAUCGGUCAUCGUAAAUUUUAAUCCGGAUGGCAUGGAAUCGAUCACCGGUCUGGUAAGAGCGAGGAGCAAUAAUAGGGUCGACUGUAUUUACGUUGUACAUUUACAUCUGAGACAAUCCAGUGCAAGUCUUUUUACAAUCGUCUCUUCAGCCUUCUCUACGGGUUUUAUAUCGCUUGAAAGUCAUCGAAUAAAAAGUUUGGAAAUUU